UGCUAAAAUCCAAAACUUGGUUGAUCCCUUGUCGCCUCCUAUUACGACUCCUCACUGCUUUCUUUUCUUUCCGAGUUUCUUGCAACCUUCUCCUUCUUUUUCCUGUUGCAAGAAAAAAAAUGCCUUUGACCUUUCAAAUUCCUGUCUCUUUUCUUACAUAUAUUUCUCAGAUGGUGAUAAAUGCGUCGGUUUCCAAUCACAUCGAACUAAAUACACGCCGCCCUGUGGAAAACUCUGCUGCUUUUCUUUUUCAAACGAUUGCUUUCUUUAUUGUACAAAUUCAUAGAUGUAAGUUCUAGUUCACCAGCUUAAUCAACGCUAUAGUUUGUAGCUUUAGCCAUAUAUAACUUUAUUCUUCUACUUCAUUGUUCAUCAAGAUUAUUCUUUUGUGCUUCUCGUCUUUUAUUUUGGAGAAUAUUAUAGAAAGGAAGGGAAGUGAUUGUUCUUGGAUUUAUGAAUCUUUUUUAAGGUUAUUAUUGAGGUGGGAACGGUGUUAUUCCAUUUGGGUUGUGAUUUCGGCUGGAAUUGUCGUCCGGCGUGGUAUUGCAUUUGUGGUUUUUGGUGAUUUUUGGUUAAAGCAUUUGGCUCUUGUAUAAAUUUGUUCAGCUGUGGCGAUUUUGGGUUUUUUUAUAUGAACUUUGUGCUUUUUGUUUGUGAACUGUUGAAUUGUGUUUGAUCUUGAGAUCAUGACUUCACAACAGCGGCCUUUGUUGAUUCCGUCGCCUCGCACCCCAGGUCAAGAAGAGCUUCCUUAUACUCCUGUUCCUGGUGAUAGUUUGAUACCCAUUUCCUCUUACCCCAAACCUACUUCUGGAAUGGAUUCAAAUUCCCAAAUUGAAAUUAAUGAGAACUCUUAUCAAGUUCCUGGUUUUGUGAGGAAUUCCUCAUCACAUCGAAGUAUUUCCUCAAUUCAGUCUAAGACCUCUAGUGGCCACUCUGUGAGGGAGGUGAACCUUAGUGAGAUGAGCAUGAGAACCGUGAGAUAUGGAUCUAGCGGUACUGAUUUUGGGGGGGUUAGCACCUCCUAUAAAGAGAUUAAUGAUGAAGAUGCUAGGUUAGUGUAUAUAAAUGAUCCUGGGAGAACAAAUGAGAAGUUUGAAUUCACUGGGAACUCGAUCAGGACUUCGAAGUAUUCUGUCUUGACCUUUUUGCCCCGGAAUUUGUUUGAACAGUUCCAUAGAAUUGCCUACAUUUACUUUCUUGUGAUUGCCAUUCUCAAUCAGCUUCCCCAGCUGGCUGUUUUCGGCCGGGAAGCUUCAAUUUUGCCGUUAGCUUUUGUGCUGUUUGUUACAGCCGUUAAGGAUGCCUAUGAGGACUAUAGGCGGCAUCGGUCUGACAAGAUUGAGAAUAACCGGUUAGCAUGGGUUUUGCAAGAUGAUAAGUUUCAGCAGAAAAAAUGGAAGAAUAUACGUGUUGGAGAGAUCAUUAAGGUUUAUGGAAAUGAAACCCUUCCCUGUGACAUGGUUUUGCUCUCGACAAGUGACACUACUGGAGUCGCCUAUGUACAGACUACCAAUUUGGAUGGGGAAUCAAAUUUGAAGACGCGAUAUGCAAAGCAAGAGACCCAAACGAAAAAUCCAGAGAAGGAGAGGAUUACAGGGCUGAUCAAGUGCGAAAAACCCAAUAGGAACAUUUAUGGUUUCCAGGCAAACAUGGAUCUUGAUGGAAAGCGUAUUUCCCUCGGACCUUCUAAUGUAAUCCUACGUGGUUGUGAACUGAAGAACACUGAUUGGGCAAUUGGUGUUGCAGUUUAUGCAGGCAGAGAGACCAAAGCAAUGCUCAACAACUCUGGAGCUCCAUCCAAGAGAAGCCGUCUUGAGUCCCGUAUGAACAGGGAAAUAAUUUUCCUUUCAAUUUUCCUUGUUACACUGUGUACGAUCGUCUGCAUAUGUCAUGGUGUUUGGUUGAGGCGCCACAAGGAUGAGUUGGAUCUCAUGCAAUUUUACAGGAAAAAGGACUACUCAGAGCCUGAAGUAGAAAACUACGAAUAUUAUGGUUGGGGCAUGGAGAUAUUCUUUGUGUUCCUCAUGUCUGUCAUUGUCUUCCAAGUUAUGAUUCCCAUUUCACUGUACAUAUCCAUGGAGCUUGUUCGUGUUGGUCAGGCUUAUUUUAUGAUCCGAGAUGACCGGAUGCUUGAUAAAUCCUCCAACUCUAGAUUCCAGUGUAGGGCAUUGAAUAUAAAUGAAGAUUUGGGACAGAUAAAAUAUGUUUUCUCCGACAAAACUGGUACGCUAACCGAGAACAAGAUGGAAUUUCAGUGUGCGAGCAUUGGGGGAAUAGACUAUAGCAACGGGAAGGACAUUACUGACAAUGGGCAAGCAGACAACCUGGUUCAAGCUGAUGGGAUGGUUUUGAGGCCAAAGAUGAAGGUCAAAGUUGAUUUGGAGCUUUUCAAUUUGUCGAAAAGGAAACACACAGAUGAAGGCAGACAUAUUCAUAAUUUUUUUGUGGCAUUGGCUGCUUGCAACACAAUUGUACCUUUAACUAUUGAUACAUCCGAUCCUUCUGUUAAACUGAUAGAGUAUCAAGGAGAGUCUCCUGAUGAACAGGCAUUGGUCUAUGCGGCUGCCGCUUAUGGUUUUAUGCUUAUAGAACGAACAUCUGGCCACAUAGUUAUUGAAAUUCAAGGGGAAAGGCAAAGGUUCAAUGUCUUGGGCCUGCACGAGUUCGAUAGUGAUCGGAAGCGGAUGUCUGUUAUCUUAGGAUGCCCAGAUAAGACAGUAAAGGUGUUUGUAAAAGGUGCUGAUACGUCCAUGUUCAGUGUGAUAGACAAAUCUUCAAAUGCGAACAUAGUAAAGGCGACAGAAGCUCAUCUCCAUUCUUACUCCUCAAAGGGUUUGCGAACACUUGUUAUUGGAACUCGAGAACUGAGUGCAUCUGAAUUCGAACAAUGGCAGUCAUCUUACGAGUCCGCCAGCACAGCCUUGAUGGGAAGAGCAGCUUUGCUUCGAAAAGUUGCCAACAAUGUAGAAAACCAUCUUAACAUAUUAGGUGCAUCUGGGAUUGAGGACAAGUUGCAGGAAGGUGUGCCAGAAGCAAUUGAGUCUUUAAGAAUGGCUGGUAUCAAAGUCUGGGUUUUAACUGGAGACAAGCAAGAAACAGCGAUUUCAAUCGGCUACUCUUCUAAGCUCUUGACGAGUAGGAUGACCCAGAUAGUGAUAAACAAGAAUUCUAAGGAAUCAUGUAGAAAGAGCUUGGAAGAUGCUUUGCUACUGUGUAAGAAGCUUACAACUGUUUCACAUGCCACUCAUGGAGGUCCCACGGCUGAAGUUAGUCGACUUGCUUUAAUCAUUGAUGGAACAAGCCUUGUUUAUAUUCUCGAUACCGAACUCGAGGAACAGCUUUUUGAAUUAGCAAGCAAAUGUGCUGUGGUAUUGUGUUGUCGUGUGGCUCCAUUACAAAAAGCUGGAAUAGUUGCGCUGAUAAAGAAUAGAACCGAAGACAUGACACUUGCCAUUGGUGACGGAGCAAAUGAUGUUUCAAUGAUUCAAAAGGCUGAUGUUGGUAUUGGAAUCAGUGGACAAGAGGGUCGGCAGGCUGUCAUGGCAUCAGAUUUCGCAAUGGGUCAGUUCAGAUUUCUCGUCCCAUUAUUGUUGGUACAUGGACACUGGAAUUAUCAACGGAUGAGCUACAUGAUAUUAUACAACUUCUACAGAAAUGCUGUUCUUGUUCUGGUCUUGUUCUGGUAUGUGCUCUUCACGAGUUUUACAUUGACGACUGCGAUCACUGACUGGAGCAGUGUUUUGUAUUCAGUAAUAUACACAUCUUUGCCCACAAUAGUUGUUGGAAUUCUUGAUAAGGAUUUAAGUAGAACUACACUGCUGAAGUAUCCUCAACUUUACGGUGCUGGACAAAGACAAGAAAGCUACAACUCGAAAUUAUUCUGGGUAACAAUAUUGGAUACAUUGUGGCAAAGUAUAGCUGCCUUUUUUGUGCCUCUCCUUGCUUAUUGGGAAAGCGAAGUUGACGGCUCAAGCAUAGGAGAUCUUUGGACUGUUGCAGUGGUAAUAAUGGUUAAUAUUCAUUUAGCCAUGGACGUAUUCAGAUGGUAUUGGAUAACUCAUGCGGCAAUCUGGGGAUCUAUAAUUGCAACUUUCAUUUGUGUCAUGAUAAUUGAUGCUAUCCCCGUCCUGCCUGGUUACUGGGCCUUCUUCGAAAUUGCUGGUACAAAACUGUUCUGGGUAUGCUUGCUCAGCAUCACUGUGGGUGCACUUCUUCCCCAUUUUGUUGUAAAAGUCAUUGUACAGUAUUCUUCUCCCAGCGAUCUUCAGAUUGCAAGAGAGGCAGAGAAAUUUCGGAGUCCAAGAGAGUUACGACACACACAAAUAGAGAUGAACCCCAUUUUUUAUGAUCGUCGACGGACAUGACUGUGUAUGUCCCUCUCCAUUACUCAAGCUUAUUUUCUAAAAUUUGUGCGAUUCUUUAGGCUGCUGCGUCUGUCUUUUCUCAGUGGUGUUUAUAUUUGUUUCACACAAGAAUAGAAAUAGUAGUAUUUGUGUAGCAUUCUUUGCACAUAUAAAGGCUGUAAUUGUACAUUAUGAUGUUUGAAUACAGAGGCAAUACAUGUAAAAAAUUACACACAAUGAAGAGAAUAUAUAGAAGUUUCAUUUUGAAUGCUUAUAGUUUAUGUUGCCACUUUGUUUCAAGUAUAAAGUUGUAGUCCCUCCGAGAAUCUAGUGAAACAUGGCAUCUGCUUGGAUGUGCUGAUUUUGUAUUUACUGUAUUUGAGGAUGUAAUUCUGCAUUAAUAGUUCUAUAUUGAAGAAAAUUAAUGUUUGCUUUUA